GCAUCCUUCUUUUCCUCGAGAGUCCCUAGCCUUUCCUUUCUUUCCGCCAACCUGCACGUGUCAACGCGUCAAGCUGAGCUGGUUCCCAAUCCCUCGUGGCUCAUUCUCAUCGGUCCGAUCACGUCCCCGUGGUCCCAUAUCAACCGUCCGAUUCAUCCAGCAGCAGUCGACGUCACCUAUGUCUGACCGUUCGUGGAAGUUAAAGAUAGCGAGAGAGAGAGCGCGAGAGCGAGAGAGAGCGCGAGACUCUCAGCUGCUAUACGGGUGAUGAUCGAUAUUCGCUUGGCACUAUCGUGAGGUAACUCAGAGAUGUUAAAAAGUUCAGUCUUGGCUGCUGGUUUGAUUGCUUUGAGGACCUUCUUUCAUACGGAUGUUCUCGAAUCAAGGCUGUGGUAUACAUAUUUGAAGUACAGAUCAAAUGCCCUCAUUAAAAAUGAAGACCAAACUGAGCACAAGCUGUUUCAAAGAAACAAAUGGUCUUCAUGUAUGUCAAAAGUCAAGUAAAAUUUCCAAAAACUCUUGCUCGUAUGUCAGGAUUUCUGAACAAGCAGCAGAAUUUGACUCCUUUAUUCAUAAAUGUCAGGAUGUUUCUUCAAGCACACAAGUGUCCAUGAAGAACAUUGAUAGUGAUGAAGCAAUUGACCAUGAAGAGUUCCUGGAUAACGAAAAUUAUCAGUUUCAGAAGCAGCCAUCAUUUUUUGUUGAUUCUGCAAUCAUCGGGAGAAUGGAAUCUACCGACAGUUCAAGCCUAGGGACGAUUUUUUCCCCUUCUUUGGAGCCCAUUACCAAAUCUAAAGCUGAUGAUGAUGCAGGGAACAACAAAGAUCCUGACAUACCAGUGUUGGGAGCCAAUGACAGUGAUGAUAAUAGAAGUUCAUCCGAUUACCAAACUUGUGAUGUAUCAGAUUUCUACAUAUCUGACAUGAUUGUUGCUAGCUUACCCUUCAAUGGGCAUGCGUUUGACAAUGACAUUAGUGAGGGCAAUUGCUUUCCUGAUUACAAAUGUGCUGAGCCAAGUUUUAUGUUUGAUGUGGCUGAACAGUGCAUGAUGCUGCCUUUCCUUGAGGACACAGUCCGAACCAGCGAUAUGAACAAUACCCAAUCAUGUGAAGAAGCCAUGAUGGGUUCAGAUAGUACUAGCUUGUACCGAGCAAUUGAUCAAAUGAGAUCCUGCGAUCAGGAAUUCGAUGUCAACGCUGACUCCGAUCAGGCAGAGUGCUUUGAUCCGCAAGUGUUCCUAAGAAAUUUACCGGAACUCUCAGAUGUGGUAUCAAAUUUUCAGCCCACUAUAUUGCCAAAGGAAGCUCAGAAUGGGAAACCUGUAACACUAGUACUUGAUUUGGAUGAAACACUUGUUCACUCCACAUUGGAACCCCGUGAUGAUGCGGACUUCACCUUCACUGUUUUCUUCGACAUGAAGGAACACAUUGUAUAUGUGAAACAGAGGCCUUAUCUCCAUACUUUCUUGGAGAGAGUUGUGGAGAUGUUUGAAAUUGUUAUUUUUACUGCAAGCCAAAGCAUCUAUGCAAAACAACUUCUUGAUAUACUGGAUCCAGCUGGAAAACUUAUAUCUCGCCGAGUUUACCGUGAAGCAUGCAUUUUUGCAGAUGGCAGUUACACUAAAGAUUUGACAGUUUUAGGUGUUGAUCUUGCAAAAGUUGCCAUAAUUGAUAAUUCUCCUCAGGUUUUCCGUUUGCAAGUCAAUAAUGGGAUUCCUAUAAAAAGUUGGUUUGAUGAUUCAUCAGACAGUGCACUAAUUUCCUUACUUCCCUUCUUGGAGACCCUGGUUGAUGCUGAUGAUGUCCGUCCAAUCAUUGCCAAGAGAUUUGGUACCAAAGAAUAAGAGCCCCUUUUAUUUCUCAUUAGCUUGAAUAUAGCAGCUCCUUGUCCCCUCCUGCCUAUUUUAGUGCAAAAAAUUACUUCUAGAUUAGAUUCAAUACUAUUUCCCUCCUUGAGCUCUUGAGGUAAUUAGCUAUACAAUGAACUGUUGCUUGCCUAAUUGUUGGUCCAGCUCUUGGUGCUUGUCCCUUUCUUUCUUUUCUCAGCUGACAACUCUAUGGAGUGCUUGUCUAAUUUUGUUGAAAAGGUAGUAUAAGGAUUUUCUCUUAUAUAUUUAUAUUGUACAGUUCAAGUUGCUAUUCUAUUCAUAAGGAGGUGUAUACAAACUGUUAUCAUAUUAUGGAAUAUAAUUCUUGUAACUGCUGCUUCCUU